AUGGCAAGGACAUCGGCAUCUCACAAGGUCGGCCCUGCUCGCAAGGCUCCCCCUCCAUGCAAGGUUGGCCCUGCCCGCAUCAUGAAGACUAAUCACAAAUUCUCUAAGCUCCCAGAUACCUUGCCUAUUGCCGAAGGUUCUGUUGAAGAUGGAAGCCCUGAACCCUCCCCUACCAAUAAGGAUUCUGGCGCACUUGCAGAUGAUAACACUGUGGUUGAUUUUACUGUAGACAGCCCUAUACUCUUCAAGAAGCGCAAGCUUCAUCAGCACAAGACAAUAUCAUCAGCAUAUUCUAAUGCCGUGCUGCCAGAGGCCUCUCCUGAGGACAGCGACUACAACGAUGAGGAGAAGAGCCAGUCAGGCUCCAACAAUGAUGAUGCUGACAAGUCGCCCAUGCCUCCUGGUACACAGCCUCAACAAGCGGAUGAGGAUCACGUCUCACCCACACCUCCUGCUCGACAGGCCAAGGGUAAGGGGAAGCAGCUACCUCCCCCUGCAGAUGAUGAAGAGCAACAUGACAAUCAGCAUCAGGCUGACCUUGACAACAGUCAGCAGCAGGUCGACCUUGAUGAAAAUUCUGGUGAUUCCCUUAUGUCUGGCCAACUCCCGCAAGAAGCCAUCGAUAAGGCCAUCACCUUGGGUGACAAAACAGUUGCAGAGGCAGAGAAGAUUGCCAAGGAGUAUGGCAAAUCAGUACAAACGAUUUUGAUUCAAGCUGGGUUAGUGGUGAAAACUACUUGUGCUGACAAUAGUUGGAACAUGUACCAAGCAUGGUACAAGAUGAAGCACCCCAAGUCUUCUGACAUGUCUACAAAUGACUGGAAGCAGUUGCAACGUGACCAUUGGGUCAAACACUGUGAUAAGUGUGAAAACCCUGAAUUAUGGAAGGAGAUCCACGAGUUCUGGGACAGGAGCUCCAAGAUCACAGAAGAGUCCUCAAAAGUGUUGUACAACCGUAUCAUGGCUGUAUGCAAUGCCUUUGCCCUCAGUUGCCAAGCUUAUUUGUGCCUUGAGGAUAUUUAUGUGGGGGGGGUGUUUGCUGGGUCACCACUUAUCCUGGAGCUUGUCAAUAAGAAGCAAGCAGACAUCAAAGAACUUGUUGAUUACUUGAUGACCGUAAUCAAGUACAAUUGCAUUGACGAUACAGCUUCCUUGCCAUCCUUUACUCAUUUUACGGCUCUGAAAUUCAAUCCCAAGCUUGCAUGCGAGAAAGGGGAGGGAACUUGUGACCACAAUCACCAUGUAGCUCCCAUUAUGAUGCUCGAAAAGUUUGAAGGUGCUGGCAUCCCGCACGAGGUGAAAAAUAUUCCCUGGAAAACUAUGCUCAAUUCAUUAUACCUUCACCAAGCACAGGUCGUCAACUGGCCUGCAGGUGUCCCUCCUGUUGGCUCCAAUUUUGUAUUCAAGGACUUGAAGACAGAUGAGCUCAAGGCACUGGUUGGUCCCUACUUAAAGUGCUGCAUGGGCUCUGACUACAGCAUGGAGCUUGCUUGUGUUGAACACCCAGAGCUGAAGAAGAAAAGGAAAGAUAAGUUAAGUGGGGUGAAGGUUCCUGAGACAGAGUUAAUGUUUGUACCUUGGUCGGAUGAGUCUAAAGACUUAAUGAGCAACAAAGAUUCCACCAUGUUGAACAUCCCUCUCAUCACCAACAUGGAUGGUAAAGUCCAGCAUACUCUCAUGGACUGUGUUCUGUUUAUGAAGAAUCUGCUGCCUAGUAUUGAGGUUCUGGACUCUGUUGGUUCCCCCCCUCGCAAUUCUCCGACUCCUCAGCCCUCCUCACCACUUGUCUGGUCCCCUUCUCCACCACAUAGGGAUCACCGCAAGGUCAUGCCACUUCCCCAUCCCAUCCCUACCAAAGUCCCUCCUUGUCAACCUUUGUCGCAGAAAGCCAUUAUUCCCAUGACCAUCAGCAGCAGUGUCACUCACACCACUGUCCCACUCAACAACCUCGUCAUCAUAGCCCAUCACCACCUAUUCACCAUUCUUUAUGCAUAUACCCGAGAAUCUGCCCCUGUUGCUGGUCCAUCAAGGCAUGCUACCAAGGCUUGGGUGUCUCCAACAGAAGAUGAAGAAGAGGUGGAGGUAGAGGAUGGUGGCUAUGAUCAUGAUUACUUCAAAGAUUAUGAAUGA